UCCACAGUUGAAAAAAAACUUUCGUGCGAGACAGACGUGUGUGACGGAACUCUUUGACUCUUUUAUUCGAAUUCGAACCAAAACCAAACCAAACCAAAAUCCAACUGCUAACUGCAACUUUGGCGCGACUUUUCGCGAAGUGAACGAGCUGAAAGCCAAGCGAAAUUAGAUGUGAAAAACGAGUGUGCAUGGCAGGCAGAAGAGAAAGAAAUAAGAAAUAAGGUGCAUAUGUGCAGCAAGUGUAACGAUACCCAAUACCCAGGCUAAAGCUAAAAUAAAAAAAAAAGUUAAAACACAAAAAACAAAAACAAAUAAUACCCCUUAGUGGCCAGCAGCCAUGUCUACGAAACUGGAGCAGCAGCAGCACUCGAAGCCCAUUCUGAGUCCAACUCGAUCCCUGGACGAAGGUUUCGAAAGUGAUCCGGAUCGGGUUUCCACUGAUUCGGAGCAUCAGACAAGUGGAACCACUAGCACCGCCACUGCGGCCAAUACAGCCACCAAUAACAAUGCCAGCAAGUUGGCCCAGCUUAGUUCGGCGGCCACUGGGGGCGCCACUAAGACGUCGGUUGGAGCAACUGCAUCCAGUGCAUCGAUGGUGAAUUCCGGUAAUGUCAGGGGCGCACUUACUUUGGCUGCCCCCCAGCUGCAGAGGCGGGAGUUUUUCGCAAAGGAUCAGGGAAAACUAAGGCAUCAGGCACCCCAGCCACAGCCUCGCCUCCAGUACCAAAAACAACGACAACCCCUGGUGCCCAGUGCCGCAUCCAGUGUUCAUAAUCACCGGUUAACUGCAUCGCUUCAGCAGGGAUCCUCGGGAUCUGGCAAUAUUUUGGGCACCGGAACCGGAACUGGCAACUAUCGACGCGGACGACGGCUCCACAUGAAUCCCCCACGAAACGGCAUUCGCUCCCAUUCGGUGGACGCCAUUUCGCGACACAAUCGUCAUGGUUACGAUCCCAGUAGCCUUAUCCUGAAACACGACGGAAAUGGCAAUAUAAGCAGCAGCAAUGCCGGUGGCGCCACCACCACCACCCGCAUGCUGAACUACAAGACACCGGGCGGAGGCAGUGCAGCCGGAGCCCCAGCAGCCGGACAGGCUCUGCUCGUCCAACCAAUUUCCAGUGCCACAUUAUCCCCACUGGUGGCCGCUGGCGUAGUAGAUGUGGUCGAGGGAGGUGGCUCCUCGCCGGUUAUUGCCUCGGCCACCCACAGCUUAUACACUUUCUAUCCGGCGGAGGGGAAUCUCCAGGUGUGGCAGACGGAGUGCGGCGACCUCACCUACAAGUCGUCCCGGAAUAUGCAUCAACUACACAAGGCUCCCGUAUGCUGGACGCAGUCCAUUCCCAGGCAGGCUAGAAGAUACAUAACACCAGCAGCAGCGGCUACGGCAACGGCAACCUCAUCAACCUCAGCGACAGGAGGCGUCGGUGGCACCAAUCUGGCGGUUUAUCCCACUGCCACCGCCCAGGUGUAUCGCUCCAACAACGGCCUGGAUGUUCUGGACUGUGCUGGUCUGGAGCAUCACAACGCGGCCACCACAUCCGGACACUCUGGCAGCGGCUUCUCCCAGCGACUCAGGGAAUUGGCCGCCUCCGCCGGACUACUCUCCCUGAAACCCCGACAGCCCCUCAAGCCGGUGAUCAAGACACGUGGCUCACCCGGACCGGAAUUCCCCAAGAAGGUCACCUUUAGUGCCUUUGCCACCGUGCAGGUGGUGUGAGAAAGGCGUACAGUGGGUCUAGCAUCUGUGGCAUCUGUGCAGGCACAGAGCAAGUUUCAUCUUGCACUUGUUAACCAUUAUUUGUUGUUGUUUUUAUAUUCGUUGCUGUUGUUAAAUGUUUAGCCAAAACUAUGGGAAUCAUAAGUGGAGAAAAUUCCUGAAAAUCGAAAAAAAAAACAUAAAUUGUUGUGCCAUGUCAGUGGCUUGAAAUGAAAAUAAUAAAAACCAUAUAGAAAUGAAUAAUACACCCCAUAGCUGAAGAAAAUACCUCAAAGACCCCAAAUCUCUAUCUGCUUUCAUCUUAAUUAUGCUAUUACUAUACAUUUUCCUUUGGUAGACUGACUUUUCAACAACUUUCCUAUAGUUCCUCUCGAUCACCCUCUACUAAAACAGUAUUUUCCAUCUAUUUUCAUCUUUCAAUCACUUUCCUCACAAACACACCCUGAAAACUUUGUAAAAAAAUAAAGACUAUUAAUGCAGAAAUUCUAAAUAUUUUCUUUUAAAUUGUAAAUAUAUAUGAAUUUUUGCUUAUAACAAUUAUAAACAGCAAAUAUAGUCAUAAAUAUAUGUAUUCAUGUAAUAUGUAAGUCUGUUUUGUGUAUGUGUGUAUAUAUAUAAACCAUGAUUUUGCAUUGAUUAUUUUAUAGGGAAUGAAAAACACCUUCGAAUCCACACAAAUUUUAAGCAAAACUGCUGUAUAUUGUAUUUAAAGUAUGAUAAAGUAUAUUAUUUAAGCCUAAUAUUAUGCAUGAUAAAUAAAAUAUAGAUAAAACCAAA